UCUUCCUCAUAUGUCUUGCAUUGUUUAGUCACCCCUUUGCGUCGUCCUAAGUUUGCUCGAGACAUCCCAUCGUGUAAUGGCUAGUCUUCGUAAUCAAGCAGCAAAAGAGUGCAACCAUUCCGCCAUGAUACACACCAACUACCGGCUUUCAAUAGCCUUUUCUUUCAUUCUCAUCAUUUUGUGCAUAUCCAAGAUGACAUUACACUUGCGUCUUCAGAUCUGGGGAUCGCAUGGGCCUCAAUCGAGAACAUGGUGCGAAAUACGACCAUGGCGAUGAUUCAUAUAUUCCAAGACAAAAGCCUUGCCAAGCGUGUGCGACAAGAGUUGCACGACUCGUUUGGUGACCGGGAUGUAAAGGAUAUUGACCCAAAACAACUUGCAGCAAACCCUCUACUAAACUCUGUUUACGCCGAGACUCUUCGUUUGCAUGUGAAGACUUACACAAUCAUUUAUUCUUCCCAUUCGAAUGUACCUUUAGGUCAAUACAUACUACCGAGGCGCAGUGUCGGUCUUGUCAACUCGCACUUCUCACACAUGAACCCCGACUUCUGGAACACUUACAAGGGACGCUUUCCUCUGAAUUCAUUCUGUGCCGACAGGUUUAUAACUGAUCCGUCGGACAACUCAACUGGCCCAAUAAAGCCUGAGCGUCGCAAGAGUGUUGCAGGGACCUCGACAGGCAAAAUCGACCCCGUAGAAAGGAGUGGACCAUAUUUCUCUACGGAUGGCCUUGAUGGAUCUUGGAUUCCUUAUGGAGGAGGACGUCUCAUGUGCCCUGGCCGGUUCCUGGCCAAAAAUUCCAUAAUACUAACCCUCGCCACUCUGGUUAGUAAGUUUGAUAUCGAGUUCAAACUUGAUAACAUUGAAAUCGAAUCCAAGAGCUUUGGUCUUGGAACAGAUUCUUCGAAAGCCCUCGUUCCAUUUCGUAUUAGGCCCAGAGGAGAGUAACGACUUAUAACAUAGGGGUUAUGCAUACUGUCCUUGUCUCCUGGUAUCAAGCUUUUCCACAGGUGGCGUAAAACCCCUUUAUAAUGGUUAGCAUUACAUAGAAUAUCUACAUAUAUUCUAUAACAUUGUUAUGUUGGGCAGCUUGUCUUUCAGUUAUAUCACAUUUGUAUUCAUAAGAAAGAAAAAAAGGUUUCACAUGCUAAGAUAAAACGAGGUCCAACAGCUAGGGCACAGGAUGUUAAUAAAUAUCAG